UCAUGUUUGACAGUUCUAGAACAAAGAACGAGAUGUCGGCAGCUGUCUGUCCUGCUCUCGCCACACACUCGCCACAAAGUGAAAAGUCCCGAUGUUGACCGUACUUACACAUUGAAUCGGGCAGGGAAUCAACAUAGCUGAAAUUUGUUGGCGGAGCAAGUGACAGAGGAGACAGACUGCUGGGAACAACCGCAAAUCGGUGCGCAGCAAUGAAUUCCCAUCAGAUAACGGAAGCUGCCCUCAAUCGGUAUGAAUCCGACAAGCGCGCAUGGGAGGAUGCUAUCCGGGCGUACAGUGGGGCAGAUUCGUUGGACAUUUGGUUCAACUACAUCUGCUGGUUGGAGCAGCACAAAGUGUUCGACAAGGACGGUGGAUUCAGGAAGAUUUUGGAACAAUGCUUGUCUAACUUUGAAAAUUUCGAGAACUACAAACAGGAUGUGCGGAUGGUAAAACUUUGGAUGAAAUUUAUUGAUAUGCAAGCAAAUCCAUUGAAUUUAUAUCAGUUUUUGUAUAAGAAAAAUGUCGGAACACAGUGUGCUUGCUUCUACAUUGGCUGGGCGCACUACUACGAUGCUGCGAAUGCGUUCAAACAAGCUGAGUCCAUUUACAAUCUGGGUAUACAGGUGAAGGCUCAACCGAUGGAUGAGCUUCAAGAAGCUCAGAACAAAUUUCGACUGUCGAUAGCACAGAGAAUGUUGUACAACGAUGCCUCGUCGAAGAAACGGUCAGCAAAUACAUUGGUCGAACAGCGACAGCAGAUAACUUCGCUGAGUCCACCCCAAAAGAAAAUGAAAACCGAAGGUGGAGACUACUAUUCACCGCAACAACAGGCUGUUGUGCAGCAACACCCACAACAUCAACAAAAUCAGGUGCAAAAUCACGUUCAGCCUACGGUUCAGCAACAUCAGCAUCACCCACAAACACAACAACCGGUACAUCAACCACAGCAAAAUUACGCCCAACAAGGCUACUAUCAACAACAGCAAUACCAACAACAACAGCAUACAUCUGCUCCAGCUCCCGCUCCAGCCACAAUGACAGCUGCCGAGCAGUACUAUCAGCAAGACAAACAAAAUUCUACAUACUACCAGAACAAUCAACAUCACUAUGUUCAGCAACACCAGCAGCAUCCACAGCAUCAAGUUCAUCAAAGUCAAACGCCAACACCUGCAUCAGUACAAUCCACUGUCUUGCAACAGCCUCACGCUCCAGCACAGCACCAUGCUCCUGUCCAACGUCAAAUGCCGCCGCCGCAGCAACAACUACAUCCUCAGGUGCAUUCACAAAACGUAGCGCCUAUUGCAACGCAAUCUCGGCCACCAGCGGUACAGCCUGUACAGAACCCGCCCCACGCUACAAUGGUUCAACAACCGCAGAUUCAACCGCAACCACAAUCGCGAGUUCCUCCGCCCCAGCCGGUACCUGUUCAACCAACGCCACCACCACCACAACCCCAGCCCACUCCACAGCCGCAACCCACCCCACAACCUGUGCAAUCUCAACCGCCGGAGCAGCCCCCGGUUCACCGGUCGGUCAUCAUCGAAAACUACGCCCUCGGAAACGAGAGCCUCACCGAGUGCAACCUGAACAACUCCGCGUACGUUAUAUCGUCUUCGCUGAACUACGUCUACGAUGAUGCCAACCUGACCGGGUACACGCUGGAAGAGCCGCAACCGGAAGAAAAAGUUGACACCGGCCCGACCGGAAUCCGGCUGCCGGACAAUUUCGUACGGGAGGCUCGUUCCAAUCACGAACGGUGGGACGUUCCACUGUGCCUGGAGGAACCGUACGAAGCCAAUCGGAAGUGUUGCUAUCCGAAAGGUUUCGUUUAUCCGGAUCUGCACACCGGCAAGCCGACGAUGGAGUUUUCGCUGGAGGAAAUCCGUGCCCGGAAGUGGUACCGACGGAAAGAAGAACUAGAGGAACAGAAGAGACUGAAACAGCAACAGCUGGAAGCGGAGAAACAGCGCCAAGAGCGCCAACGGCAGCUGCAGCUGCAAUAUCAGCAACAACAACAACAGCAGCAGCAGCAGCAACAUUAUGGUCAUGUUCAGCAGCAUGCGGUGGCAGCCCAAAAAAGUUAUCCACAAUCUAAUCAGUAUCAACCAAUCACCUUCCAGCAAGCAGUUCAACAACAGCAAGCAUUACAUCAAUACCAACCUCCUGUUCGCCAAACUACGGCCGUUACUGCUCCGGCCCAGCCUGUUUCAACCAUCCAGCAUGCGAGCCACUAUUAUCAGCCACAACAACAGCAUCAUCUUCAUCCUGCCAAUCCUGCUGCUCCAGCUCAACCCGUACAGCAUUCACCACAACAAGCCCCCGCACAAAACAGCUAUCCUCCUUAUCGACAUCCCUAUCCUUCACAACCACCACAUCAACAAAGUCAAUACCAACCUCCGGCUCCAACUCCGGUUAUUCAUCACGCUGGCCAGCAUCAACCUCCAGCGACGAGUCAACCAGUUGCCACUUACCAGCCACAAUCACCUUAUCAGACCAAUCACUAUGGAAGCUACAAUCAGCCAAACUAUCAAUCUCACAGUCAACCGGUCCACCAGGCUGCUGCUUCUCCACAUCAUUACGCACAACAACCAACACCACAAGCUCAUCAUCAUCAGCAUCACCAGCACCCCCAGCAAUUCCAUCACCAGCAACAACAAGUGCAUCCUCCGGUUCAACAACAGCCGCCAGCCGCUGCUUUUCAACCUCCCGCCCAGACCCGGCCUCCAGCUCCUGUCCAGUAUCAAAAACCUACGCCGCAACCGACUCCACCACCUCCAAGACCCACUACACCACAUCUGCAACCCCCGGUCAAACCGGUUCCACCGGUACAACCCCUCCAGCGACCACCACCUCCCCAGAAGCUAUUACCGCCGAAACAACCCCCACUACGGCCGCCUGCGCCACCCGCCGCAGUUAAACCAUCCCCGGUCAAUGUCCGAAACAACCAGUUCAACGAUUGCGACGACAUUGAAGAGCAAAUCGAGGCCUCUACGAUUCGCUUUUCGACAUCGGCCGAGAAUGGCACCUGCAAAAGCAAAACCAUCACCAUCAAGUUCAAAAAGGAGAAAUCAUCCGCACCCAGUCCGGUUAACGUUCCUCCUGGUGGCCCCAGCCACCCCCAGCCCAAACCGAUGGCCACCAGUUCUGCGAAUCAUCUUGACGCCAACCAUCACAAACCCAAGAAUGUGCCUUCCGUUGGAAUCUCUGGCAGCAAUUCGAACUCCAUGGCGCAACCGUCGCGGAAGAAUGCUGCCCCCGGCGCAACACCACCGGAACCAUCCAAAUCCAACAACGUCAAGAAAAGUAAACCAUCGUCGAGCAAGGCCAAAUCGUCGUCCAAAUACGAGCCCAAUGCAACGGUUGUUCCGGCGGCGAAUCGCGUCAACGACGCCAAUCUAUUGCUUUCGCUGGCUGCCGGAGAAAAUGACGAUUCAUCCCAGUCUUACGGAGGAUCCUGGCCGGAGGUGGUCAGGCAGAAGAAGAAGGACAAGAGCAAAUCCAAAGUUGUCCGUCGCUACAUUGACGACGAUGACGACGAAGAAGAUGUAUACGAGCGCGAAGAAGGCGAGUACCUGGGUGAUUCGGAAGAGGACGACUUCGAGGACGAAGAGGAGGACGAGGAAGAUUCGGACGAGAACGAUUCCUCCUACCAAUCGAACUCGGAGUUCAACACCUCGUUCAGCAAUAUUUCCUUCGCUGGGGACAACAGCAACGGAGCGUUUAAUUUCGGCGGAAGUUCCUGUUCGACUCCCAUGCGGAAAAUCUCCGGUGGUGGGGCUUCGAAAACGUCCACCCCUAUUGGAUCGUUCCGCUAUCUGAAGAAGCACGAAUCGAAUCUCUCGCUGUUGGGUCAGAACGAGGAAGACUCGAUGAACUCGACCGUCGUGGAAAAUAGCUACUUCCAGACGGAACAGGACGAGGAGGCCAAGCGCCGCCGGAAGGAGAAAGCCCUGGGCAUCAUCGAUACCCAUCUGGCGAAACCAUUCCUGGAUCCGUUCAGCAGCGAACUGUGCAAGGCGUUCCUUACGAAAAUCGAUUUCCCUACGAGGGAAAACGAAGAUAAUUAUAAAGUUGUAAAUAAUAAUCUUCCCAAGUUGGUCAAAUCGCAGACGGCCGCACUCGGCGGAAUUGUGUACAGUAUUGAGAAGGAGGUUGGCCGGGGUUCGUACGGGUCGGUGUUCCGGGCGGUCAACACCCAGUCCGGCGCGGUGGUGGCCAUCAAGUACCAGAAGCCGGCCAACUCGUGGGAAUUGUACAUUUGUACGGAGGUUAGGAAACGGAUAAAAAAUCCAGAUAUCCUACCGGGAUUCAUGGAUAUCUGCUCGGCUGUGAUUGCACCGAAUGCUAGCGUUCUGGUGUCGGAAUUCUCGCAGUAUGGUUCUCUGCUAGAUAUUAAUAAUACGAUACGUACGGCUACCACCAAGGUAAUGCAUGAGUCUUUGGUUAUGCACUUCAGCAGCCAAAUCCUGUCAAUUGUGGAUUAUUUGCAUAAAUGCAAUAUCGUACACGCCGACAUUAAGCCAGAUAAUUUCCUGCUGAUGCAAAUACCAACGGUGGAAUCUGACAUACCCACGCUCCGGCUGAUAGAUUUUGGUUGUGCCAUCGAUAUGAAUUUCUUCGAAAAGAAGCGUCAAUUCAAAAAGGUUAUUCAAACCGAUGGAUUCACGUGCAUCGAAAUGCAGGAGGGCCGACCGUGGUCAUUCCAGACGGAUCUGUUCUGUGUGGCGGGAACGAUCCACGUGAUGCUAUUCGGCGAGUACAUGCAGUUGACCAAGAAGUACUCCGACUGGGACAUCAAACAGAAACUGCCAAGAUAUCUCAAGAAGCACGUCUGGACUGAAGUAUUCCAAAAGUUACUGAACAUCAAGGACAUCGACCACAUGCCAAAGCUGGGCACCCUGAAGGAACUGAUAGACGCCGAAGCGUUCAACAUGGAAUCCGAGCUGGUGAAGCACAUACGAACGCUGUCCAAUUUGCUGAAAAGGCGCUAGGCAGUCUGCUACAACGGUAAGUGAUCGUUUUUCCAAUGGUGGACUUUGAAUAUUGCACCUACCACCCUCUUGGAUGUAUUGUAAGUGCAAAAAGUGUGUAAAUAUAGUGAGCUAAAUCCGAAGAUGAUAAAUCAAAAUAUUUAUACCGAUGUAGUGUUUAAAUUUAAAAAACAGGAGAAAACAAACAUGAAGUAAUCGACAAAUACUAAAA